GAAUGACCAUCCUUGAGAUCGAGCAGAGUGCUUCGUCGCCUGAAGAUGAUGCGACGAAAAUCUUAAUGCAAUAUGCGCGACCUUGGUCCAAAAAGAGAGCCCGAUCCUUUGCGACCGGGGCGUAAUUUCAAUGUGAAUCUUCAGCUCAGAUACUUAUCUCCUGGAGCUUUUACUGUUCUUCCACCGGAAGAGACACCACCACCAGAUCCUCCACAAGCUCCAGCCCCCUACAGACUCACCCCAACCACCCGAAGAAACAGAAACCAGUCGUUCUCUAUAAUAGCCGAACCAACCAGUAAAGGACCAUCGAGGAGCAAUUCCCCAUCAGGUCGCAUAAGUCCCUUCAGAGGUAGAGGCUUCAACCCGACAGGAUCUCGACAUGCAUCUCCAGCUCCAUCGCCGCCUCCAGAAGCGGCGGACCAAACUUCCAAACCUCCAAAGACCCCGACCAAGAAGUCCAAGAUUCCCCAGAUCAAAAGAAGGAACAGUUCCGUUCUGUUUGGGGAGAAAGUAUCGAACCCUGAGGGCUCGACUGACUCGACGCCGACAAAAGAAAGCUCAGGAAUCAAACUGAGCAAGAGCAUGACCAACAUUGCCCCUGGUAAAGUUUCCAAGAGGCCGCCACCAAGUCCUAGUAGAGUUUUUUCUGGAAGGACUGCUUUUAGACAGCUUUCGCCAAUAUUAGGUAGUUCACCAGAACCAAGCCAAUCACAGUCUUCCCCCUCUCGGAUUCCAACCAAGAGCCGCAGUCAACCUCAGAGCAGGCUACCAUCCCCUUCGAGGCGUGCCCCAGAAACGGAACCAUCAAAGCUUCCAUCUAAAAGCAAUUCGAGAAACGUAUCGAGGUCUUCCUCCAGAGUGCAAUCUAGAAGUAACAGCAGAGAGCCGAGUCCUUCCAUAAGACCCAUUCUUUCACCUACCAAAGCCUCGGCGAAGUAUAAAAAUGUUCAGUCGAAAGUUAAUAGUUUUAGUAAACCUAAAGUGCCUCCUAAAUCCCAGUUAACCAGUGAUUCGGAAUUGUCUGAUAAACCCGCGACUGUGACUCCUAGAUAUAAGAAAAAGACAACGAACAACACGAGAAACAGUGCGAGUAAAGUUGGUGCUUCGUUAACGGCGAAAUCCAAGUUUAAUUCGAACAAAACUAACAACAACGAUAGUAAAAAUCAGAACAACAAUUCGAACAAAACUAACAACAACGAUGGUAAAAAUCAGAACAACAAUUCGAAUAGAAACCAGAUAACCACAGGUGAAAACAAUGACAACAAAGAAACGUUUCAUUCUACUUCUGGAUUUGAAACGACAGAUAUCGAAAAAGAUCAUGAAACGAACGACAAAGGUAACAAAAUAAAAAACGAUAAAACACCAGCGAAAAAAUUCGUAGAUGAUAAUUUCACUAGGAUUUCACCCCAGUCUCCUGUUUUCCCGAAAGAGAUUGAUAUUUUGGAAAUAAACGACGCUUCUAUGAGGUUAUUCGACGAACUGACAAACUCAGCAGCAACAAUAGUUCCAGUGACAACAGAAGCUGUUACGAAACCUCUGAAAAUCGAUGCUAAUGUUGAUCUGCCCAAAGGUAUCUCACCGAUGGUGGAUGGUAGAAUCUUGAGCGCUACAAGUGUAUCGCACGCAAUAAACAAAAUGAACGACACUGUUUUGGACACCAAGACCCUCAUGCGAGAAAGUGGAUUGUCCAAGCUAUCACCAGCUGCUAACGCCAUCAUAUCGAUGUCCAGGGAAAACAAGUCAAAACACAACAAAAUUAGUGAUUCCGAAAAAAGUUUCUCCGACCCCAAAAACGGGGGAGCCAAUAAGCAUACCGAAGAAACUGACGAUUCCUCAAGUACUAACAAAAAUAAAUCGAAUAAUAUUUCGACAACAAAAGACAGUUCACCAGAUAAAGAAAGGGUGGCUAAUCAUGUAACAACCACUGGAUUGAUGGACGCUACAAGAAUGGAAACAGAAAUGCAAAAUAGCAUGAGCAGGUUGAUAGCGUCAGAGACGCCUAUAGGCGAUACAACGCACAAAACGGAGAUUAAAAAAAAUUCUGAAGCCAAAAACGUUAUUUCCUCCGAUGUUAGGCCUAUCCAGAUAUUGGUGAAAGAAAAACCCAGUGAUGAAGAUGUCCAGAGUGGAAAUGUAAGAAUGCCAUACAGCGCUACAAAUGGUUCUUUACAUGGACGGCCCAGUCUGCCUCCAGACCUUCAAUCCAAUCACAACGAUGUGGGUUCGAAACAUCAAGAAACGACAAACGAAGAGAGCGAACCAAAGAGUCGAACCGCAAAAUUUCUUGCUUCUGCUAAAGAUAAAUUGCUGUGCAAGUCUUCUGCUAAAAAGGAUCAAGAAGAUUCCGUUAACGCAACAUCAGUCCAAGUUGACGAUGAGAAGAAGGGGUGCUUCAGCUGUUUAAAGAAAGAGAAAGAACCAAUCAGGCAGUCCAUCAGGAUCAAUGUGCAAGAUGAUGGAGAAGAUGUGAAACGUUCCUGUUGGGAUAGGAUGAAAUGUUGUGGGAAGAAGGAUACUGUUGGACAACAAGGAUGUCUUCCGUUUGGUAAACAGAAGAGAGCCUGGGAGGAUAGGAGGGACAGUAUUCUUAGCGACUUGCCACCAAGGCGCAGUUUUUCCGAAAGAUUCAAAAAUUUCCUGAGGAGGCUCUUCUGUCUGCAUCUCUGCAAGAAGAAGAGGAAACUCACAGACCUUUCUGUGAGCAGAAGGCAAUCAACUUUGAGUAAGAAGAAAAGUUUGACUCCCACCACAACACAACAGCCAAUUGAGGACCAAACACCGAAGUUAGAUUUAUCUCUCGUCGAACAUUCUUCGCAUAUGAAAGCUGCUAUUCCAGUUUUACCUAUUUCCUUAGCUUGGUUCUGCUUGAUUAUGAACUGCCUUCUUCCCGGGACUGGUACUGUUUUCAGCGGACUCUUCUGUCUUUGUUUUGGAAUACCUAGAUUUUCCCAAAAGGAUAGUAUUCGAUCCCGAAUUGGUGCCUUCAUUAUAGAUUGCAUUGUAGGUUUCAGUCAAUGCUUCACAAUACUCUUCUGCCUUGUUGGGUGGGGCUGGUCAAUAUGGUGGGGUGUCAUCAUGGUAAAAUUGGCAAGAAAGUACAAGAAAAUGAAACUCUUAGCACACGCCGAAGAGGAAGAUACCAAAAAAUCUUCAAUAACUAGCCAGCGAACUCAAUUCAGAGACCCAGAAAGAGGCUCUUAAUUUCCCAUUUUUCAACUAUUAAAUAUUUUUAUACUGAACACAAAAAUAAUUCUAAGAUAGAUGAUAACCUUGGAUUGAAAAAUUUGUUAUUGUUGCAAAAUCUUCUAACAUAACACUAGAAUGGGUAAUGAAAAUUGGGGAAGACAGAAAUAGGAGUAAAAAAAUCAGAUCCUUCUUGAUGAUUUCCUUAAGUUUAAAUGUAAAAACAGAUUCUAAUAAUUUCUCAAAGAUAAGUGUCAAGAUUUAGUACUUUUAUCUUUCACCAUUCCAAACACGCACAUUUCUUCCCUCAAUUUUUGUUACCCUUUCGAAAUGAUGGUUAUAUCAUUAAUGUGUUAUGAAUAUUUGAGAAAAUGUAAAUAUUUUGAUUCCUCUUUAGAGGAAAUCUUGAGGAGUUAAUACUCCAUUUUUGUAUAUAAAUGUUGGGAGUAUAAUAAUAACUUUUUUAUCGAAAAAAUAUAUAAAUAUUUAGUAGAUUAUAAAUUAGGUUGAAGAAUUAGAAAAUGACCACUUCCUCAACCAUUUCAUCAAUUCUUAUCAAACUAGAAAGAAACGUUUUUAAACAUUCUUUGCAAAAUCUCUUUUUAAUACAAUGGUUUAUGCCAAUCUCCAACCAAAACACCAAUAUUGCAAAACCUUUCCCGGAACAAUUUUCCUAAAAAUACUUGAGGUAUAUAUAAGUGGCUAUUUUACGAUUCCUCAACAAUUUUUAUCAUGUUUUUCGAAAUGUUGAAUUUCAAAAAUAAAAAAAAAAACAUUGGAAUAUUCUUGCAAAGUGAACAAAAUUUAAACAUUUAUAAUUCUGACAUAUCCUAAACGUUACCUUCUCGUUAGACGGUAUCAAGUUCCGAAGUUUUUAGGUAUCCGAAAAUUCUACAGUGGUUACAAAGUAUUUAAUUCAAUUGAUAUAUUUUACAUGUUAAGUUUUUAGAUAUUAUUAUAAAACAUGCAUAGAGACUGAUUUGAUUACAUAUAAGUA